AUGACGGACAGCGAGCUCCAAGGGGGUGCGAUCACGCAUGUCCACUAUCUGGGCGGAUAUAUCUUUCUAUCAUAUGUGAUCAGCUGGAUGGGAUGUGCGACCACACUAGAGAUGCUUCAUCGAAGGACCUCUAGGUCGGGGUUCUACAACUGGUAUCUGCUCCUCACCUCUUCAAUCACCAUGGGCGGCAUCGGCAUCUGGUGCAUGCAUUUUAUCGGCAACAGGGCCAUUGUUCUCGGGGACGGAGCAAUGAAUGUGCAAAUCAUAUAUAACGUCGCCUUCACCGGGACUUCGUUUGUCCUGCCCGUCGUCGUUCUGCUGUUCGCCUUUUACUCGAUCGGCGUGGAAGAAAAAGGCAGUUACAUUCGCAUCCUGAUCGGGGGUUUACUCACGGGGAGUUCAGUGUGUGGAAUGCACUAUGUUGGCCAGCUUGGCAUUGCAAACUACCGAUGCUCCUACCAUGUUGCCAAUGUCGUUGGAUCGGCCAUCAUUGCGUUGGUGGAGGCGUGGAGGCUGCGCGUGCUUGCUCGCCGCGGCGGUCUCUGGGAUGCACUGGACUGCCGCUGUCGGCACUACUACUGGGCUCGAGACGACUCGAUCCGGAACGGCACCUCGCUCUCUCGAAGCCAGGUGGUUAUCGUGUGUGCUGUUUUGGCAUGUGUUUCCUGUCUCAUUCUGUCGGCUUGUGCCAUUGUUGCUGGCGGGAAUCGACGACGGUCUGAGGCUCGCGCUCACCAACUUAUCCUGGCAUGCGCCUACUUCGACCCGGCAGGGCGUGUCAUGGUUACGCCCCAGGCCUUAUUGCCCAGCAAGGAGAUCGUGGAUCAUUAUAUUGGACGAACUUUCAAGGAUGACGACCUCACCCGAACACAUCCCACCUUCCUUUGGGCCUUUAGGGCUAGCCGGAACUGGCCCGUCGUGAAAGACCUCAUCCCCUUUAUGCGCAACCGCCUCGACUCCGAGCAGGCUGCCAUCCAGAAGCAUCUCAUGUCGCGAGGGGUGGUGAUGAACAAGGAGACAGAGCUUCAAACCGACUUCGAUACCUUGUUCAAGCAUAUGUUCUGUGUCAGUGCGCAAGAGCUAUCAAACGAUUUGCGAACGCCCUUACGAGAACUCGGCGCUCUCUACGAUAAUGUGAUCUCAACGUCCAUUCCCACCAGCCGGAUCCAACGCGCCAUGGGUCGCUCUGCAAUACAAACCGGCAAGGGCCAGAUCAUGUUCACCGUCCGCCAGCUCCAAAAACAAGACGCUCAACGCUUCGCAUCAGUGGGAUUCCGAUUCGCAACCAUUGAAAACAUCAGCUCUACCCUAUCCCGCCGCAUGCAUGUCCCCGAGAGCAUCUUGACCGAGCAGCUCCGGGACAUGCGCGACUAUGCCACCACCAACCGCAGCUUCUCCGAAGGCGUACACUUGAUCUCCUUCGUGAUGCGCCCGACAGUCCAGGAUCACUUCGAGAUCCUCACCACAAAAGGCACGGGCAACCCGCUGCCCUCUUCGACCCUCCCUCUAAACCGCCUCAAAAUGGCCCACCUCGAUAUCAUCGCCCAUAUGGAAGGUUGGUCGAUGAACACCUGCAUCAAAUACCUCGAAUCCAACGCUGCCCUCCACUCCGACCCAAACACGGAGGACUUCCGCAAAGCCCUCGUAAAAGGCAUCAUAUCACUCGCCAAAACCUUUCCGCCAGCAAUGCGGGACGCAGCAAUCUUCUCAGCCCGCCCCCUUUACGCUCCCUGCCGCGUCGCCUCGCCGUUCUCCGAAAGAACCCCCCAAUGCACCCUCCUCACCUUCUGCGUCGUCGGCACACUGGACACCCAAGUCCCUAACCCCGACUACACAUUCACUCCCUUCCGCCUCUUCCGCGUCCAGCAGCAAGUCAACGACUCUGUCACCGACCGCGACGGCUUCAGCCGCGAACUCGGCCAAGAACUCUUCUGCACAGAUGUACGCUCCGGCUCGAACCCGGGGUCCCUUGCCACCGAGUCCUCGGGGAGACUCUCCUCGGCCCGUACAGCUAUCCAGCGCUGGUGGCCUCUUUCUAAGAGUAAUUCACCGACCAUGUCUCGGCGGGCUUUGUCGCAGGAAUCACUCGUGGAGCCUAUCGCGACAGCACUGGGGGAUAUCACGGUGCAGAAGGAGGUGAGAGUCGAUGUAACGAAGCUGAAUGAGGCGCAGGCGAAGCAGGUUCUCGCGCAUGAUGCGGUGGUUGCGGCGGGGGAUGCGGUGAUGGCCGGGACGUAUGUGGAUGAGCUCUACAGUCUUUGUUAUGCGCCGCAGAUUCGACUGAGGGCUGAUUCUGCAUUUCAUGGGGCUCAGGCGAAGGCUGAAGCUUGA